AUGUUAUUUAGUUUGCAAGUCGUAAUAAGUAUUCUUUCAUUUUUUAAAUUUGUACUGGGUGGUGGUGUCGACCUUAGCCCAGAUUCUACCCAUUCAUGUAGAGUCCCAGAAGGUUCUACUUUCAUUGAUGGCUUUCGUGCAAGAUUUUAUCCAUACUUACACCCCCAAUAUACAUACGAAUACGAUAACCAUGACUACUUAUUGAACUUAUAUUCUACUUUAAAUCAACCAUUAACUACAAUUUACGGUAUUAAUGACGUUAACUAUGUUUAUACUGGUCCUAACGCCUACAACGGUCCACAAUGGGGAUUACUUCAUGGCUUUAACGUGACAUUGACAAAUUUCACCAUUGAAUAUGUCGGUUAUUUUAUUCCUCAAAAGACCGGUAGCUAUACAUUUUCCUUUGACAAUACCGAUGACUCUGCUUUAUUAUUUUUUGCUAAUCCAUCUGCAUUCAGAUGUUGUAACGCUGAUGCUGAUAUAACCAUCGACCAAGAAGAUGUUUCAAUCGAUGCCAUUGAUCAAUGGGCAACUGGUGCUCCAUCAACGGUUACUCACGUGCUGGAAGAAGGGAUUGCCUACCCAAUGAGAAUUGUAUACUAUAACCAAGGUGGUAUUGGUAAAUUGCAUAUGACUUGGAAGGAUCCAGAUGGUGUCACACAUGAGACCUUUGACGAUUAUGUCACAUUCUUCACCGAUUUGGAAACUGAAUGUGCCCACGAAAUUGUCACCCAAACUACUUCUUUUGAACCGGGUACAGCAACUGAGACAACAACCUACACAACUCUGGUCUCGACCUUUACGGGUGAAGAUGAUGUUGUCACUACUGAAACAAUCUAUGUUGUCCAAACCCCUGACACUAGAACCCAUACAGCUACAGCUACAACUAUCUAUACUGAGGGAACUGAUUCCAUAACCGCUACUUAUUCUACAGGUACUGGUAUCUAUACUGGAACGGAUGGUAUUGUUACCACCGAGACUACCUACUACGUUGAGAAACCAGGUCCAGAGACAACUAUAACUACAGCACUUACUAAGACUAUUUACAGUAGUGAUGCUAUACCAACAACUGAGACGGAGGUUGUUACAUACACAACUACAGAUGAUGAUGGAGACGAGGAAAUAGUUAUCGAAACUGAUAUCCAAGAAAUUAUGGUUCCAACUAUCGGUAUCACAUUUGAUUUGCUGAAAACUACAACCCAAUACCUAAGCAUUUAUACCCCAACGAUUGCCACACAUGUAACAACGUACACCUCCACUGACGAUGAAGGUGAUGAGGAAGAAGUUGUUGAAACAGAUGUUGAGGUUGAAUUACCAAGUGUGGAUAAAACAACUACAAUUGUGAAGACUACAACCGAGUUUGGUAGUGUUACGGUUCCAACCACAGUUACACAUGUUACUACUUACUUUACUACUGAUGACGAGGGAGAUGAGGAAGAAGUUGUUGAAACUGACAUAGAAGUUGAAUUACCAAGUAUAGCUGAAACUAUCACAACUGCCUCCACAGUUUUAACCGAAGGUCAAGUUACAGAAACAAUCACAAUUGCUACAAUUAUCACAACCUAUUACACAACAGACGCUGAAGGUGAGGAAGAAGAGGUGGUCGAAACCGAUUACAUUGUUGAGAUUCCUGAUGUCUAUGAGACUUUAAAAACUGCAACCACAAAAUAUAUUAACUACUCAGGUUCAGUCAGCACUACCUUAACACAUAUUACCACAUGCUUUACCACAGAUGCUAAUGGUAACGAGGAAGAAGUUAUAGAAACUGAAAUAAUUGUGGAAAUUCCAGAACAGAGUGAGUCGGUCAUCGAUGCUGAGGAUUCUAAACUUUUAACCACAUCAGAAGAGAUAGAAAUCGUUUCUUCAACAACCAUUUUUAGUUACUAUACUGGGUCUGUUACUUCAACGUACUCGACUCAAGUAAGAACAUAUACAACCACCGGUACUAAUGGAAAGGAAGAAAUUGUUGAAACAGAUUAUUAUGUGGAGAUCCCAAAAACAGCGUCUGUGCUGGCAACAACUGAAGAAAGAGGUACAUCAGUAAUAGAAGAAAAUACUACAGCAGCUGAUGUAACAAUCCAAUUUUCUACCUCAACAUCGUCAGUCAUUCCUAAACAGUUUAUUCAGCCAACUGCCUCUAGUUCAAAUGAUCUUUCCGAAUAUACGGGUUCCGGAUCCUCGCCAUCUUGUAAUAUUUUAAGCUAUUGCAUUGGGUUGCUAACUGCCAUUUUGUAUCUUAUGUAA